UACAUCAAUCUACUUUUAGGUUGAAAGACUAUUGGGUACAAAAGUCAAUAAAGAGGGUUGAAACAGUAUUUUUAAGCAGGAUUGACAACAGCUGGCUCGAUCACUGAAGUAUCACUUGCAGACCAUGAAUGUGUGGAUCGCCCUGAUUUACUACUUUUUUUUCCCCUCUCAGCCGGGGUAUCCAGGUGGUUCUGGACCAGGAGACACAUGGGGCGAUUAUCCGGGCUCCAACCUGCCGAGCAUGUUGGGCCAGCCGAUCCACAGCCUGCCAGUUCCGUUCUCCACCCGGAUCGCCGGUGGGAUGUUCCCGAAGAGAACGCUCAUCAUCCGUGGAAUGGUGCCGCACCAUGCUAACCGACUGAGCUUCGACCUGGUGAUGAGUCACAGCCGUGACAUCGCGUUCCACCUGAACCCGAGAUUCCAGGAAGGCGCAGUCGUGAGGAACAGCCGACUGCACGGCAGCUGGGGGAGGGAGGAGCGCGAGCUCUCCACCAACCCCUUCGCCCCGGGACAGUACUUUGACAUGUCCAUCCGCAGUGGGGACAGGAGGUUCAAGGUCUACGUGAACGGGCAGCACUUGUGCGACUACUUCCACCGCGUCCACUCCCUGGCUGAGGUCGACCAGCUGGACAUCAACGGCGACGUGCAGAUCUCGUACGUGCACUUCUGAAGAGGCUUCGCGAGGAGAACAUGUCCCCAGAUACAGAACCAAUAAAAGUGGUC